AUGUUAGGUUGUGAAAACACAACGUGUUCCCAUGGAGGAACAUGCGAAAAUGGUACCUGCAAAUGUGUAGCUGGUUAUACGGGAACAAACUGCGAGACGGAUAUUAACGAAUGUGAUGGUAUUACGUGUUUAAAUGGAGGAACAUGCAUUGAUGGCGUUAAUACCUACACAUGUCAAUGUUUACCUAGUUAUACGGGAACACACUGCGAGAAUAUUAACAAUUGUGAAAGUAUAACGUGUGCCAAUGGAGGAACAUGCAUAGAUGGUGUUGAUUCCUACACAUGUCAAUGUGUAGCUGGUUAUACAGGAACAAACUGCGAGACGAAUAUUAACGAAUGUGAUGGUAUUACGUGUUUAAAUGGAGGAACAUGCAUUGAUGGUGUUAAUUCCUACACAUGUCAAUGUUUACCUAGUUAUACGGGAACACACUGCGAGAAUAUAAACGAAUGUCAAGAUAUUACGUGUUUAAAUGGAGGAACAUGCAUUGAUGGUGUUAAUUCCUACUCAUGUCAAUGUUUACCUAGUUAUACGGGAACACACUGCGAGAAUAUUAACAAUUGUGAAAGUAUAACGUGUGCCAAUGGAGGAACAUGCAUAGAUGGUGUUGAUUCCUACACAUGUCAGUGUGUAGCUGGUUAUACAGGAACAAACUGCGAGACGACUACAACUACAGAGCCUACAACAAAUACUAGAACUACUGAACCUACAACUAGUACUACAACUACUGAGCCAACAACUAGCACUACAACUACAGAACCAACAACAAGUACUACAACUACAGAGCCUACAACUAGUACUACAACUACUGAGCCAACAACUAGUACUACAACUACUGAGCCAACAACAAGUACUACAACUACAGAACCUACAACUAGUACUACAACUACUGAGCCAACAACAAGUACUACAACUACUGAGCCAACAACAAGUACUACAACUACAGAGCCUACAACUAGUACUACAACUACAGAGCCUACAACAAGUACUACAACUACAGAACCUACAACUAGUACUACAACUACUGAGCCAACAACUAGUACUACAACUACUGAGCCUACAACAAGUACUACAACUACUGAGCCAACAACAAGUACUACAACUACUGAGCCAACUACUAGUACUACAACUACUGAGCCAACAACAAGUACUACAACUACUGAGCCAACAACUAGUACUACAACUACAGAGCCUACAACAAGUACUACAACUACAGAACCUACAACAAGUACUACAACUACAGAACCUACAACUAGUACUACAACUACUGAGCCAACAACUAGUACUACAACUACUGAGCCUACAACAAGUACUACAACUACAGAACCUACAACAAGUACUACAACUACAGAGCCUACAACUAGUACUACAACUACUGAGCCAACAACUAGUACUACAACUACUGAGCCAACAACUAGUACUACAACUACAGAGCCAACAACAAGUACUACAACUACUGAGCCAACAACAAGUACUACAACUACAGAGCCAACAACUAGUACUACAACUACUGAGCCAACAACUAGUACUACAACUACUGAGCCAACAACAAGUACUACAACUACUGAGCCAACAACUAGUACUACAACUACAGAGCCUACAACAAGUACUACAACUACAGAACCUACAACUAGUACUACAACUACUGAGCCAACAACUAGUACUACAACUACUGAGCCUACAACAAGUACUACAACUACUGAGCCAACAACAAGUACUACAACUACUGAGCCAACAACUAGUACUACAACUACUGAGCCAACAACAAGUACUACAACUACUGAGCCUACAACAAGUACUACAACUACUGAGCCAACAACUAGUACUACAACUACUGAGCCUACAACAAGUACUACAACUACAGAGCCUACAACUAGUACUACAACUACAGAACCAACAACUAGUACUACAACUACAGAGCCUACAACAAGUACUACAACUACAGAGCCUACAACAAGUACUACAACUACUGAGCCAACAACUAGUACUACAACUACUGAGCCAACAACUAGUACUACAACUACAGAACCAACAACAAGUACAACAACUACAGAACCAACAACUAGUACUACAACUACUGAGCCCACAACUAGUACUACAACUACUGAACCAACAACUAGUAGUACAACUACAGAGCCAACAACAAGUACUACAAGUACAGAACCAACAACUAGUACUACAACUACUGAGCCAACAACAAGUACUACAACUACUGAGCCUACAACUAGUACUACAACUACAGAGCCAACAACUAGUACUACAACUACAGAGCCUACAACAAGUACUACAACUACUGAGCCAACAACAAGUACUACAACUACUGAGCCAACAACUAGUACUACAACUACUGAGCCAACAACAAGUACUACAACUACUGAGCCAUCAACUAGUACUACAACUACAGAGCCAACAACUAGUACUACAACUACUGAGCCAACAACUAGUACUACAACUACAGAGCCUACAACUAGUACUACAACUACAGAACCUACAACUAGUACUACAACUACAGAGCCUACAACUCCAACAACGAGUACUACAACUACAGAGCCAACAACUAGUACUACAACUACUGAGCCUACAACAAGUACUACAACUUCUGAGCCAACAACUAGUACUACAACCACAGAGCCAACAACAAGUACUACAACUACUGAGCCUACAACAAGUACUACAACUACUGAGCCUACAACAAGUACUACAACUACAGAACCUACAACAAGUACUACACCUACAGAGCCUACAACAAGUACUACAACUACAGAACCUACAACAAGUACUACAACUACUGAGCCAACAACUAGCACUACAACUACUGAGCCAACAACAAGUACUACAACUACUGAGCCAACAACUAAACCUACAACAAGUACUACUACUACAGAGCCAACAACAAGUACUACCACUACAGAACCUACAACAAGCACUACAACUACAGAACCAACAACUAGUACUACAACUACAGUGCCUACAACCAGCACAACUACUGCAACUUUCCUCUCUGGUCUUUAUUUGAGUUAUGGUCAGGAAGAAGGAGACGACAAAAUGACUGGAACAGAUGACGGAUGUAAUGGUAUAGUGCGAUCUACCUUUGCUGUACCGUUCAGUCAGACCAGAUUCAGGACGAUCUACGUAUGUGCUAAUGGGCUCGUGUGUUUCAACCGACGUUAUCAAAGUUACACAGUUCCAGUAAACCGACAAUACACACCUGAUUUAGUUGGUAUUUAUUGUCUGGCUCCCUACUUCACAGAUUUGGAUUUGAGAAGCUCAGGUUCAGUGUGGUACCAGGCAUAUAGCAUGUCAUCAAACUCUGGAAAUAUCACAGAAUCCAUGAGAAAUUUUAUACAUGAAACAUACUCUGUUCAAAUAACACCGAUUUUCAUUUUCAAAGCAACUUGGAAGGAGGUCCCUAUAUUAGGCGGGGCUAAUGGCGAGACGGUCACUUUCCAAGUAAUCUAUGUGACAGACGGAGAAGUUGCCUAUUCGUUCUUUUUCUACGAGGGAGGUGCUAUGAAGUCUGUCUCAAAUUUGCAGUUUAUCGGACUAUUGGUCAACGGUCAUGCUGAUGGUCUAGAUGACAGUUCUGAUGGUUCUUAUUUAGGUCAAGCAGACAUCAAUCUAAUUCUUGAAACUUCAACAAAUGGUAACUUACACAAUAUGAAUAUACAUGUUAUUACUUUUCCAAUAGUGUAUCAAGGAGCAACUACCUUUGAACUUACACCACCAGACGGACUAGGUCCUAACUAUCAAGCUAUGUGUACAAACUGGCAUCAGGGAGAACUAAAAUAUCGUAAUUAUUAUAGACAACAAUUGGCCAGCAUGCCGCAAUGUCCGUGCAUAUCAUUCUUUCUCUUUUUCGACGGACAGUUUGGUUUUCGGACAAUAGACUGGACAAAUGGAGUUUUGACUGCUCCUGUAAGACAGAGAGGCCGCUACGCACCGCAUGGAAAGACAUGCACAUACGAUUUAUGGACCGGUAGUUUGAUAUUUUGGGGCAGGAGAGCAGGGUCGUUUGAAACCUACAAUCAACUUACUUAUUCGCAACAGCACCGCCAGAAUGAUGCAUUUUAUAAGGACAUAUGUUGUGAACGAACUGACCUCUGUGAUCUGUAUUAUGACGUCAGGCCUCGCGUGACUAACUGCUAUUUCGAUUUCUUUUUCUUUUUCGCUGGUGGGUUUGGAGAUCCUCACAUAACAACACUGGAUAACCGCAAGUAUACCUUUAACGGACAUGGUGAGUAUAUAUUGUUGCAUAUAGAGUCCGAAGAUAUCCAAAUACAAAGCAGAACAACUCAGGCUGUGAAAGAAGAUGGCACCCUUUCUGAAGCAACAAUAUUUUCAGCUUUUGUUAUUCAAACAACCGAUUCCUGGCUUCAGGUGGAAAUCAACAAUAACAAGACUGGUAUAAAUCUAUAUGCCGGGACAAACAAAACACAUUGGGCUGAUUACACUGUAGAUUACUAUGAGAAUGAGGGGCAAUCGAUAUGUGUUGCAGAUGAAUUGACUUUUAGUCGCGAUAAUAAUACUCUUAUUACAAGCUUCUCGGAGAAAGGAAUUGCUUUCAAUGUGACAGUCGGUACUGGCCUGCUACAAAUGAGUCUAGGGUUACCAAGCACAUAUCAAAAUAUAACAACUGGGUUGCUAGGCAACUUCAAUGGGGAUGCAACAGACGAUUUCUUACCUCGCUAUAAAGCAACACCUCUACCGGAUUCAGCAAACGAAAGUUCAAUAUUUACGUAUUUCGGACAAACAUGGAUGACCUCGGCAAAUGAAAGCUUGUUUAAAUACGACGACGGAGUUAGCCAUAGCGACUUUAGUUUCCCUGAUUUCGUACCAAAGUUCCUUGAUGAGGCAAAUGAAACUUUAGUUGCCGAGGCAAAGGAACUGUGUGGCGAGGACAAUAAUCAGUGUAUCUUUGAUUACGUGUUUACUGGUAACAAAGAGUUGGCACUAGAAACAAAUACAACAGAAACUCGGGCAGAGGAAACGGCACAACAGACAGCAAAUAAGGUACCUUCUCUGACUGUGACAAAUGGAACCACGGUAGUAGAUGAUCGACAUUAUAUUAAUUUAAAUGUUAACGUUCCAUCAACUUUCACUAUUUACGGUAUUGAUGAUGGCGAAGUGUCCUACGAGUUUGCCAAUACAACAGUAGCAGACGACAAUAUUAAAAUAGGUCCACAACGUGUUAACGGUAGUGCUGACGUCACUCUUACGUUAACAGACAACAGUCCAGCGUAUGUCAGCGUGCUUGCCAAAGACAAGUUCGGAGUAAAGUCCCCUGCGGUAGAUGUGGUUAUUGUACUGUGUACUGGUUGUAGCUCACAUGGAGCUUGUAACUACAGUGUUUUACAUGAAGACGACACAACAACCGAUCAUUUUAAAUACGCCACUUGUGUCUGUGAGGAGUACUGGACAGGUGAUAAUUGUGAAUACGACUAUGAUGGAUGCGAGGCAGCUCCUUGUUCCGUCGGUCGUAAUUGCAGCGACACUAAUGCCGACGUUCACAAAGCCGACCCGAGCCUUGCACCUUACACAUGUAGUCCAUGUCCUAAUGGCUUCAUUGAAACGGAUAAUAAAUGUAUAGGUUCUCAACGGAAUUUAUGGCUGCACGGAGUUUUCAAGAAUUGUAAUACUUACGGAGAUUUAAUUCAGUAUAUUAAUGAGUGUGAAGAAUCUACGAGUGGGUGUGACCAGACAUGUGACAACUAUCAGGGAGGUUACAACUGCACCUGUUUCCAAGGUUACAGCUGGAUUAAUGAAUCAACAUGUGUAAAGGACGAAAUUCCACUGGAAGGUUGUGACGCACUUGAUUGUAACAAUACUGCUGGUUGCACCCUCAAUAGCACGGGACAGGCUGAAUGUUUCUGCAGUAAUGGGUUUGAACUCACAGCAGGCAAUACAUGUACAAAUAUAAAUGAAUGUGCGACUGGGGUAUGUUCUCAGACGUGUACAGAUGAAAUUGGUAGUUUUGAAUGUGGAUGUUUCCCUGGAUACAAGCUCCUGGACGACAAAACCACGUGCCAACCAUGCGCUUUUCCGAGUUUCGGUAACAAAUGUUCGCGCACGUGUAAGUGUGGCCGUGGUUCCGAUCGAUGUGACCCUGUGCAUGGCUGCGUCUGCAAGACAGGAUGGACGGGAACCAACUGUGACACAGACAUCAAUGAAUGCCUGACUUCAAAUAUUUGCGAGGAUGUUAACAAAAUUUGUACAAAUACUUUUGGUUCGUACAAAUGUAGCUGUCGUUCAGGAUACAAGCUGGAAAAUGGGGCAUGUGUUGAUAAUGACGAAUGCGAGGACGCAGUAGCUAACACCUGCGCUCAAAGGUGUAUUAAUACAGUAGGGAGUUUUUCCUGCAGUUGUGAAGCUGGAUUCAAUGUUGACCCGACAGAUCCUACAAACUGUAUAGACAUAAACGAGUGUGAGACAGGAAGUUCAGAUUGUGAACACACAUGUGUUAACGCACAAGGACGGUAUAGCUGUGAGUGCUACUUUGGUUACCUGCUCAAUGAUGACCGUAAAACAUGCAUAAAAGUGUCUGAUCCAUGCACAUUAUUCCCGUCUGUAAACUGUUCACAUAUAUGCCGUGUUGAAAAUGAGCAAGCAAAGUGUUUCUGCAAUAAAGGAUACAACCUUGCCCCUGAUGGUGAAACCUGCAUUGAUAUAAAUGAGUGUUCCUCAACUGAGUUGAAUUUGUGUGACCACAAGGACUCGUGUGAGAAUGAGAUAGGGGGAUACACUUGUUCUUGCAGGCCUGGAAAUAAACUACAAAAUGAUAAAAGAUCUUGUGCAGCAUGCGACUCUUCACAUUACGGUGACAACUGUGAAAGUGAGUGUAAUUGCGGUGUUGGUGCGGACACCUGUGAUCCUGUCACUGGAUGUGUCUGUAAGACAGGGUGGAGCGGAGAAACGUGUGCUAUAGAUACAGACGAAUGUGUCACAUCUCCAUGCACGGGAACAAACGAAGUGUGCAAUAAUUCGCCCGGGUCUUACUCGUGUGAUUGUGUGACGGGAUACAAUAAAGAUACAAAUAACAUAUGUCAAGAUAUAAAUGAAUGUGUGAAUGUUGAUGACAAUGACUGUGCUCAAGUUUGUACCAACACAAAUGGCAGCUACACGUGUAGUUGUAAUACUGGCUUUCUACAAACUGGCAACACGUGCAAUGAUAUCAAUGAAUGUGAAGGACAGAACGAUUGUUCACAGAUAUGCAGCAAUACUAUAGGUAGUUACAGAUGUUCUUGUGAGACAGGGUUUAGACUGGAUCUGACGGACAGACGAACAUGUAUCCCUGAAAAGGAGUGUGUCUCAAAUCCCUGUAAUGGGAAUGCAACAUGUACAUUUAUCAAUGAAAUAAACACCUGUGUUUGUAAGCCGGGUUUCAAGUUUGAGGAAGGAUCGAACACAACAUGUGUCGAUAUAAAAGAAUGUUCUUUUGACCCCAAUCCUUGUUCCCAGCAGUGUGUUGAAGAAGAAGGAGGAUACAGUUGUGUUUGUAAUGAGAAAGGGUACCAGUUAGAUACUGAUAAGGCUACGUGUAUCGUCUGUCCUAGUGGAAAAUACGGUGACAACUGCACGGAAACAUGUAAUUGUGACAAUGACAACACUGUGUCAUGUGAUCCUGUCAACGGGGCGUGCACAUGUUCCGAAGGAUGGAGUGGAAUUAGAUGUCAAGAUGACAUUAAUGAGUGUAAUACUUACACGUGCCCGAAUAACUCGAACUGUGUUAACACCAACGGGUCAUUCUACUGUAAAUGUGACGUAGGUUAUUUCACGACCAGUGAUGGAAUUUGUCAAGGUUGUGGACAGAAUACAUUUGGUUAUGAGUGCAACAGUACGUGCGCGUGCAAUGGUAACACCACACAGCUAUGUAACACUAUAAACGGUACGUGUACAUGUAAGGCUGGUUGGCAAGGAGACACGUGUAGUGAAGAUUUCGACGAAUGCUCAGCCGGAACAUUUGAUUGUCCAGAAAACUCCACGUGCGAUAAUACAGACGGCUCAUACCAAUGUAAUUGUGUACCUGGAUAUGUGAAAACUAGUGGCGUAUGUCGAGAAUGUGAUGGAUUUUCAUAUGGAAAAGACUGUGCUACGCCAUGCACUUGUAACUUUAAUAACGCGCGAUCAUGUCAUCACGUGACUGCAGAAUGUAAUUGUGAAGCUGGUUGGACUGGAGAUUUCUGCGUAGAUGAUAUUGACGAAUGCUCGGAUAACCCGUGCACAGGCGCUCAUCAAACAGUUUGUGAAAACAGCCUUGGUUCCUAUUCCUGCGGUUGUGAAGAUGGCUUUGAACUUGCUAGUAAUGGAACAUGUAUUGAUAUCGACGAGUGUGAAAAGGGCACUGAUGAAUGUUCACAGAGUUGCAGCAAUACCAUUGGCUCCUUCAACUGUUCCUGUGGUGAUGGCUACACCGGAACCGGAAAUGAUUGCACAAAAUGCACGGAAGGUACAUGGGGUGACAACUGUUCUAAUAACUGCACAUGUGAUCCUGACCAUACGACAAUAUGUGACCAUGUACUCGGCUGUGUUUGUCAAUCCGGAUGGAAUGGAACUAAUUGCACGGAAGAUAUAGACGAAUGUUUAUCUAAUGUUUGUGUGGAGAAUGCUUACUGUAAUAAUUCUAUCGGGAGUUAUACAUGCACCUGUCAUAACGGAUACAAAACACUUCUUGGUGGAUGUAAAGAAUGUUCAACGAAUAGAUUUGGUCAUGAAUGUGAAACACCUUGUAAUUGUGUGGCAAACAAUACAAUCACACCAUCACAGUCAUGUGACCACAUCAAUGGCACGUGCUAUUGUUCAUCGUUCUGGACUGGUACACAAUGUGAGAUAGACAUAGAUGAAUGUACAUUAAACACAGAUAACUGUACUGGAGAAAAUGAGGGAUGUCAUAAUAUAGAUGGUGGAUUUAAUUGCUCAUGUUUGGUCGGCUACAAAAGGGAUAACGUCAAUAAAACAUGCGUAAAGGAGACAUCCACAACUGUAUCAACAACACCUAGACCAGAUAAUGUCAAAGUGGUAGUAGUGGUACUGACAUUAAAUGUUGACGUGGAAGGCAGUCUUACUGUAGCUGAUACAUAUAACAGAUACCGGGAGGAAGUUAAUAGAGAGCUUACAGCCAUAUAUGGUACUAGUGUAGAAAUCAUAGUAGAUUCUUUAAGGCAUGGCAGUCUGGUAGUAGAGUAUUCCAUAGUGAUAAAGGAAAAUGAUGUUUCUAAGGUAACUGUAGUAACUGCUGAAUUAGCUUCUGGUGUCAAAAAUAUAACCAUUCUCGGAUCAAAUGUUCCAAUAACAGGAGUUGUGGUGGAUGGCACGAAUGUAACUAUUGGAGACGGACUGACAGACGAAUUACUCUGUGUUCUAUAUCAAGCAUCUGAAGGUGAAUGCCAGUCAGAUUAUGUCUGUACCAUCUCAGAUGGUUUACCAAUAUGCGAGUUAGAAGAAGUUAAAGAUAACUUGUCGUUUAUCCUUGGUCUUGGUAUUGGUAUACCAAUGUUCGUCCUGGUGGUUGUAGUGAUUGUUCUGGGAAUAGUCCUGUAUAACUACAGGCGCAAGAAGAGAUCAAGAAAUAGUUCCUUCCGCGGAUAUAGCGAUUUUGAUGAUCGGAGUAGUUCUGUGUUUUCUGGGGUAAUACCAAAGCGAAUGAAUACAGGUAUGCCGACGGGACCAUAUCGUAAUAUCCCAGAUUUACCUCAGUACCACGGCAAUGACAACUUGGCAUCAGAAUUUCCACAGUACGGUGUUCAUGAUCGCUUUGCUCAAGGUCUACCACAGUACCGGGGUCAGGAUGUGUCUGCCAUACAUACAAGGGAAGACUCUGCUGUCAUACAUUCAACAAGAGAACAAUCAGCUCAUUAUCCUCAGUUUAGUCAAGAUGAACCUAAAGGUGGACAUUAUUCCUGGGACUACCUCCUGGAAGGUAUUCCACCAGAUGGACAGUUCCACAUCCAAAGACCUGCAGUUGAUCCAGAUCCACUUCAAGUACACUUAUAACAUCAGCACACUACAAAAGACAAUUGUAUAUAUAAAUGUUUCGUUCAAAACGUAACAUGAAAUAAGUGUGUUCAAAAAGACAUGUCUCUACACCAACGUUUGCUCAAAGUGACUCAGCAAUAAAAUGUUUAUGUUAUAAAUAUCAAAGAUUGUAUUUUCAUUAAAAUUUCACAUCAUGUUUCAUGUUAUUUUGAAACGUCUGUUCUUAUGUCAGUAAAACUGACAAUUUGUUACUAUAAUGUUUAACUAUUUUUAGAACUUAUAAAAUACAUUAUAUUAUGUAUUUUAUUUUUUUAUUUGCAAAUGUACUAAAGAUAUAGUUUAGUCAAUAUUUUACUGCAUAUCAUUUAUUUCAAUAUGGCCAUGAUACUCGUAUAUUUCGAAUAGAAAGUACCUUUUGCUUUAAUGAAAGGGACUCCACUGAGAUUUUUUGACAUGCUGGGACUGAAAAUAUUUUUUCCUGAUAAAUGUACCAUUUGAUGAAAGUUUAGACCACUAAUCUAUGUACGAAAUUUCAGAUCAUUCGCGCACUUCGUUUUUCCAGAAUAAUUAUUCAAAUUGUAAAAAAUGACCGAAAAUAAAAAGCGUUUUAACGCUUUUCACUCAAAUAUGGCUAAGAAAAGCAUAAGAAUACAAUAUUCAAUUUAUUUAAAAAAAUAUUUCUUAACUAUCUUUGCAAAUAUUUCUGUUUAAAGUGCCCCAGCUAAUUUAUGUAAGAAAUUCAAAUGUUAUGUUUUUAGGCUUUUAAACCUCAGUGGAGGUUCCUGAGAAACAUUUUCUAUCAAAGUGCCAUGAGAAACUUUCAUAGUUUUGUUUGGAUAUAAUAUGUUUAUGUUACUAAUACUUAUACAAUAUGUUUAAAAUAACUAACAAAAAUUUUAAAAAAUAACCAUAUAGUUUUAACCCAUUUAUAAAACAGUAUAAGAAUGCAUAAUACUAAUUUACAAAACAUAAUUAUAUACUAUUUUCACUUAUACCAAACUAUUUUUAAAAUUAUUUCGUUUUCUGGACAGAAUAUGCAUAAAACAAACAAAAAAGUUCUUUAAAAACAUUAAAAUCGUUUUAUAACAUUUUUAGUAUUUUUCUAAAGAAGAAUACUUGUUGCUGUUAUUGAUAAUAAUGUUCAUUUAAAUUCAUGUUUUUGUCAUUAAUCAAAUAUCAUAUAUGACAUGUUUCCAUUUUUUUAUUUUUAUUUUUUUUAAUUUCAGUCAAAUUGAAUUGUACUGUUUAUAACAUUUGGUUUAAAGUAGAUUGGUUUAUAACGAGGAUAUUUUCCGUAUGCAUUUUAAAUAUUGAUUAAAACAACACAAAUGUACCAUUUGGAUAUUGUCAUGAAAUAUUUCUGGAAAACAAAAUGUUGAUACAGUUCUAAAGAAAUUUAGUAUGAACAUUUAUAUGAAUAAUGAUAAAAGUAGUAGUUUAGAACACUUUAUUAUCUAAUAUAUAUUGAUAUGUCUAUCGAAUCAUAUAUCUUACACUUUCCACAACAUUCAUAUAUGAUUCUUCUGAGGUUUGUUUUUACCUAUGGUACUAUCAACAUAUUUAUUCAUGGUAAAGCAGACCUUCCAUUAAACACCAAUUCACUUUAAAUGAAAAAAAAGGAUGUUGAUCCAGAAAAUAUUUAUAAAAAGUUUAAGUUUGGGAUUUUUUCUGUUAUUUAAUACAGCCUAGUUCUUUGACUUUUUCUUACAGACAUCCAAAAUGGCUGCCCAUAACCGGAAGUUAAAAUUUUGGAGAGCCUUUUAGUUCGAUAUACAUGUAUUUCAUAUAGAAAAUUGUCAAUAUAUGUUUUUAGAACAGUAAUCAUAUUUUUUGUAGAAAAUAAUAAGUGUUCAUGUGAACAAAUGUGCGUAGUUGAGUGGUUUUAAACUAUAUUUGGUGCUAUUCAUGUUAAUUCAAUGUUGAAAAAAUAUUUCAUAAAUAUGCCAUAUAUAGUUAGGUCAUACUACAUACGAUAACAUUUUAAACGAGCAGCUAUGUUCAAAUUGCAUCAGAAUUAUAUCGAAAUAUUAAUGCGCAUUUUUUUUUUAAUUCAAUCUUUUUCAUUGGAGUUUUAUUUUCAACACGUUCGCUUAAUUGAAUUAUUUUUGUUUUAUGUCAGGGCAAUGCUAUUCUAAUAAGUCGUUAUAUCUUGUGUAUAUAUACAUGUAUAUUAUCAUCGAGCUUUUGUUUUUCUUGUCCCGCUUAUACUCAAAUUAAUAUA